UUGGCGCUCGCGGGAAAACUCGUCUUGUGUCUGGGAGGCUGUAGGGCUCCAGCUGCCAUGAGCCUCUGGGUGGACAAGUACCGGCCGUGCUCACUUGCCCGGCUGGACUAUCACAAGGAACAGGCGGCGCAGCUGCGCAACCUGGUGCAGUGUGGUGACUUCCCUCACCUCCUAGUAUAUGGACCAUCAGGUGCUGGAAAAAAGACAAGAAUUAUGUGUAUCCUACGAGAACUUUAUGGUGUCGGGGUAGAGAAAUUGAGAAUUGAGCAUCAAACUAUCACAACUCCAUCUAAAAAAAAAAUUGAAAUCAGCACCAUUGCCAGUAACUACCACCUUGAAGUUAAUCCCAGUGAUGCGGGAAACAGCGACCGGGUUGUAAUCCAGGAGAUGCUGAAGACCGUGGCACAGUCACAGCAGCUUGAGACCAGCUCCCAAAGAGACUUCAAAGUGGUAUUAUUGACAGAGGUGGACAAACUCACUAAGGAUGCUCAGCAUGCCUUGCGCAGAACCAUGGAGAAGUACAUGGCCACCUGCAGGCUGAUCUUGUGCUGUAACUCCACGUCUAAGGUGAUACCUCCAAUUCGCAGUAGGUGCCUGGCAGUUCGUGUGCCUGCUCCCAGCAUUCAAGAUAUUUGCAGUGUAUUGUCCACUGUCUGCAAGAAGGAGGGUCUGGCUCUUCCUUCGAAACUGGCUCACAGGCUUGCAGAGAAGUCCGGCCGAAACCUCAGGAAAGCCUUGCUUAUGUGUGAAGCCUGCAGAGUGCAGCAAUACCCUUUUACUGAAGACCAGGAAAUCCCCGAGACAGACUGGGAGGUGUACCUGAGGGAGACUGCACAUGCCAUUGUCAGUCAGCAGACUCCACAGAGGUAACAGUGUGGGGGAAGGCACAGACGCCAUGGCGUUCCCAGUAGAGUUCAGUCCUGAGCCUCAUUUGGAAGGGAAAAAAUUGCAUAUAAGAUGUGCAAUAUAGUGAUCCAAAGUAGGUAGUGUGUAUAGUUUUAUGCUUUUCUUUAAUCUGUUAACAUGUAAAAUUGAACCUUAUUUUUGUCUUUUUUCCCCCAGAAUACUAGGUAGCUUAGUUUUAGUGCACAGCAAAGAGUACCUAGUGUGCUUGGCCUGAAAGAACAAUUGUAAUUGUAAUUGUGUUGUAAUUGAUGCAGAAUGGGCUAGAAAGACUGAGCUUCCAGCUCUCAUCCUAACUUAGCCAAAUGUCCUUGACAAGUGACUUCCCCUUAGGUUUCAGCCUUUUCCUUUUUCUCUUGGUGACGCUGUGUGUUAUCCCUCCAAGAGUACUUGUGCUUGUUAUCCCUCCAAGGGUACUUGUGCUUGGUUACAGAGAGCCGAGAGGUUGUACAGUAUGGGUCCAGAACUACAGCACACUGUUCAUGCCCAAGGACAGGCUCUGGAAGGGAAAUACAAAGUACUUAGAAAGCGUCCUUGUGCCACACUCUGAAGCAGCUUCCGUUCAUGGCUGUGGGUUUGUUACUCAGGAGUGGACAGUAAUGAAAAUGUCUCAGCCACACUGGUUGUUGGCUUAUGGCAGCUUCACUGGUGAAGAAGGCUCCAUGUCUGGGAGUAAACCUGACAGUUUUGAGGUUCCCCUGCUGUGGCGGUGUGGCAUUUCCUCAGCCUCAUCCUUGUUGCCUGUCGCAGCUGAGAAGCAAGCUGUCCUUGGGCCCUAGUGGGAGUUGGUCAUUUUAGGGUGCAGAGCAGACUCGAGUGCAGCCACGAGAGCCCGAGUGUCCCUGGUUGAGAUGGAAGUAAUGGUGAGAGGGGUGUGUGUUUCUUGGUGUGUAUCCGAUGGGUUAGGGUGCGUAAGACUCUUCUUGAGUUAGUGCAGUGGUUAGCGAGACCUCGGGGGUUCUGCUGUGUUACACCCGGACUGUGGCAAGGAAAGGAGUUUGAAUGAGUGCUUUUAAGACGACUUGUAAUCACUAUCUUAAUUGACCUGAAGUGAUCUUCUGCAGUGGCUUAUUCAGAACUCUAGGUAGCUGUUUUCUCCUUUGGUUCAGGAAAUGUAUUCUAGAAAGACAAAGACAGUUGUUUUCUGAGUUUAGGGAAUAGCAUUUU